UGUACCCAGAAACUCACUUCAAAUUUCAACUAUUCAAACUACCAUUUUUCUACAAGGAUUUCAUUUUUCAUCUCAUGCAUGAACAAAUUACAAAGCUCAAAUUUUUACUGUGCUACUGCACUAUUUUUUGGUUCUUGUGGUGACAAAGAAACUUGGGGCAUUUUACUACAUUUGCAGGAGUUUUCACUACAACAAUCAACCCUCAACACCAGAAAGUGACUGUCACAGGAAGCGUUGGUGUUGAGAUUCUGGGCCAGAACCCCACCAUCGAUUUCUCCCCCCUUCAACCUCAUCCUACCUAGAAACCCAGAAACUCAAUUCCCACUUUGUUCUUCAACUUCUUCCUCAUCUUCCUCCUUAAUCUCUCCCUCACCCAAUCCAGCAAGGGUGAACCCCAAAUCACCAUCAUCGAGCCAUUGUUUCUUAUUCUGCUUGGAAGAGGAAGAUGAAGAGGAUGUGGUGUUGGUAUUGAUGAGAUAAGGAGGUAUUUUGGCAAUUUGUCAUGUUAGAGGAGCAUUGGUUGUUGCUAUGAAUUUAGCUCCGAGGCACACCAUUCUACUAGAGGGACAAGAUUGAAGAGGAUGAAGAUUCACGAGAUAGCUCAAGUGAUAGGAGUUGUGAAACAUAUUAGUUAGCUCUCUCCAAUUUCUUGAUCCCGUGUCUGUUCACGCGCAAUCUUCCUCCGCCUCCUUCUAACUCUAACCUGUGCUUUUCUUCCCUGGGAGCUGAAAUCACAAGGACAAGGUGAAACUUUUGUUUGAUUCCACCGGAAUAGUCUUCGAUCAAUGUUGCUGAAGCAAAUAAGCUUCCUGAAAUGAAAGAGAAAGAAUCAAAGCAACAAGUAUCCCACAGGAAAAACUCAUAAAGAAUGGCGUGCAUUGUAGCUAAACGCAGAGCAACAACCCAAUGCUCCUCUCUUCUGAGGUGCAUUCGGAGCAUGAGCAACGUCCCUGAAAACACAGUGUACUCAGGACCCAUUUCCCAGAACUCGAACCAGAGAGUGACGCUGGCCCAGUUGAGGCAGAAGCACAAGAAGUCUGAACCCAUCUCCAUGGUCACUGCCUAUGAUUACCCUUCCGCAGUGCCUGUGGACAUGGCUGGCAUCGACAUCUGCCUCGUCGGUGAUUCCGCAGCCAUGGUGGUUCACGGUUACGACACCACCCUCCCCAUAACCAUUGAUGAAAUGCUUGUUCAUUGUCGUGCCGUUGCUCGUGGAGCCAAAACACCUCUUCUUGUUGGGGACUUACCUUUUGGAACCUAUGAAUGCAGCCCCAACCAGGCAGUGGAUGCUGCAGUUCGGAUUUUGAAAGAAGGGAGAAUGGAUGCCAUAAAAUUGGAAGGAGGGUCCCCUUCAAGAAUUGUUGCUGCAAAAGCUAUUGUUGAGGCUGGAAUAGCAGUGAUGGGGCAUGUUGGGCUUACUCCCCAGGCAAUUAGUGUUUUAGGGGGAUUUAGACCUCAAGGAAGGAAUGUUGCUAGUGCUGUCAAGGUUGUGGAGACGGCAUUGGCUUUACAAGAAGCAGGGUGCUUCUCGGUUGUUCUAGAAUGUGUGCCUGCACCUGUGGCUGCUGCAGCAACAGCAGCCCUUCAAAUUCCGACUAUCGGAAUUGGAGCUGGACCCUUUUGCAGUGGACAGGUACUAGUUUAUCAUGAUCUGCUUGGUAUGCUACAACACCCCCACCAUGCAAAGGUUACUCCAAAAUUUUGUAAGCAAUAUGCCCGUGUUGGAGAUGUCAUCACUAAAGCAUUAGUGGAGUAUAAGGAAGAUGUGAUAAAUGGUUCAUUUCCUGAUGCUCAGCAUAGCCCAUAUAAGAUUAGCGAAACAGAUGCUAAUGGUUUCUUGAAUGAGUUGCAAAGGUUAGGUUUUGACAAGGCAGCAUCUGCGGCUUCUGAUGCAGUUCAGAAAAUGGUAACAGCCAAGUCAAUUGGUGAAAGAACCUCAACAAAGUGAUUAUUUAGUAAAGCUACAUGAUAGCCCUUCUUUUCACUUGUUGUCCUUCAUUUUCUUUAAUGCCAGAAUAAUCGAAAGCCACAAUUGAACAGAAGUAGAGCACUUGACUUAGAUAGAUAGAUGCCAUUUUCUUGGGGCAGAUUUCUUUUCUUGUUUUUCCUCUUCUCCUUGUGAUAGUCAAGGUGGAAUGCAUGAAUCUAGAUAUGCCACAGUACAGAAACAUGUUUUUGCUAUCCAACAUCAUAUAUGGAGCCUCCAAAAUACCGAAGCCAAUAUCACUAAAGUAGUCCUACGUUUUGAAGCAUUGUAGCUGAGCAAACUGUUGGAAACUGACUGAGUAAACCCUUUCAUAUGUGGAAGCCCAUGUCUACUUCAUUCACUCACCACAAUGAUGUGGAUGGUAACAUGCUUGGAAUGUGUUGUUUACAGGUUCUUCUUCUUCUUUUUUCCUUCACAAGUUGUGCUUUUUUGGGUUGGAAUCUACUAAAGCUCGCAAAACCAAAUAUGCACUUGUGAAAAUUGCUUGUUCAAAUUUCAGAAAUAAUAGUUAGGUUUCGGUUUGGCAACACCUAGUUGAUAAGUUAGUUGAAAGCUAGAUGAUAGGUUGUACGCUAUCAGAAGGCUAAAAGAUGAAAAGCUAGCUGAUAUGAUCAUGGUUUUCUUAGUUUUAGAGAUUUUCUUAAUGAUUUUAUUGAAUGAAUAUCAUCAUAUGUGCUCUCUGAUCUUUAUUUUUA